GUUCAUUCAAUGUUGACUCACUGAUCAAACAAACACGAUAUAAGGGGAAGGGAGUAUUUUCUGGAUAAAUAUCCUGCAUGGCUACUAUCCAAGUCAUUCAAGUUUUGCUUGUUUGCGUUAUAUCACCUUCGUCGGCAUCAGACUCAUUGCUACCAAAACCUUCAGUAGUUUACACAAGCCAACAUAGUGCUCUAAUAGAAUGGCCAGAUAUCAAUUCAAAAUCCGAUCACUACAUCGUUGAAUAUGGCAAAGACUUCGAACACUCAAGAACCUUUCAAAUUUCCAAGAAAACCAACACAGCAAUGAUUCAUGGAUUAAAUCCGGACACCUCAUACCGAGUCCGCGUUAAGGCGCCAAAUGUAGAUCCGGGACCUUCUCUUCGUUUUCGUACCAAACCCUACGCCGUUAGUUUUGCGGCACCUGUAGUGGAUGUGAAACCAAGGCCUUAUAACCAGUUGCUCGUGACCUGGAACCUACCACCAGGAAUGCGUCCCUCGGAUGUAGUACACUUUAGCUUGAUUUACAGUCCUUUGUACUCACCAUUUUUCAUGAAAACGUCCCUUGUGCUGCCGGGACACUAUCGAAAGUUCGAAUUAAAGUUCUUGCGUCCUGGUACUGUGUACAAGGUUAAGCUUGCUGCACUGCUUAAGACAAGAAAAGGGCCUUAUAGUACAUGGGUAAUGGAAAAGACUGAAUCCAUCGGUGUCACAGGACCAGUACCUAAAACAACAGUGACUUUGAAAACUACACCUUCGACACUUGGCCGCACAACGACGAUGGCAUCAAAAGUCUCAAAUCAAAGAACGCAUCAAAGUAUUCAUCAAACUACUGAACAAGUAACUACACGACAACAAGUGAUAAAAUCACAAGCCACCGAUCAAACAACUACUUAUGACUCACCACAACCAACCCAACAAAGUUUACCGCAAACUAGUGAACAAUCAACUACAUCCAAAAGUACCAAAGUAUCAACUUCACGGCAAACGUCAAAGCAGACUUUUAAGAAGACAACAUCACCAAUUCACCAAACAACUCUACAUCAUACCGACAAAACAUCGUCACAAACUGCAGACCAAAUUUCAUCACAAACUACCGAACGAUUCACAACAUCACAACCUGUUCACUAUACAACUUCACAAAUUACACAUCAAACUCGACCAAAAACAAUUAAUGACACACAAUUAAAAACAACUCACCAAGCAACACCACAGACCCCUCCAACGUCAGCACCAAGCACUUACCAAACAGCACCAACACAAACCAUUAAAGAGAUUUCAACGACGUUUCAAGAUACCCAUCCAAGUGAAGGAACGUCGCCAUCAACACAAAGUAAAAGACCUAGUACCGCUAUACCAAAAGAGGCGGCGCCUCCAAAGAGCGCAAAGCCAACUUACCAACUGAUAACCGACACAAAAGAAAAAGAAUCAACUAUGUCACCUACCACAGUUCUUAUGGAAACUCCACGACCAACUAUGGCUGAACCAGAAGGGAGAUGUGAGCGUAUUAUACCCGAUUCCAUAUGCAGUGAUAAUGGGUAUCAAAAUACAAAGGUUAUAUUUAAAAAAGAUCAACGACAGAUGAUAAAACACGUAGAAAACGUUUGGUCAGUGAUGGCUUCGGUUUGUAAAGACCGGGUGAACUUAAAGCGGUUUCUCUGUGCUGUCAAUUUUCCUUAUUGUAGUGUAUUAAUCGAUUUACCUAUCCUACCAUGUCGCUCAAUGUGCACUAUAACAAAGACUAGUUGCAACUUGCAAAGCAAUGACAUCUGGCCAGCUGAAUUGGAUUGUGAUAACUUUCCAGAAGUUGGCAAAACAAUGUGUGUUUCUUUUGGUCGCAAUGGUGACAAACCAGAAUUGUCAACCACAAGUAGUAUUUUAACGAGUGUAACAACACCCACUACUGAAAUGGAAAUAAAAACCAAGACGAGGAAACCUGAAUCCAGUUCCUCGCUGAGUCCAAUCAGCACAUUAGCGACACCAAGAACUAAAACAUCUCUGAAAAACAUCACAACUGCAGAAAUACCAACUGAUGGUAAUAUCAUAUCUACAAUUGGUACGAAAAAAGUUAAAACUGAAACAGAAACUGAGAAAACUGAGAAAACUACUCUUGAACCAUCAACACUGAAAGCUGCAAUCAUUACAGAGAAUAUUUCUACUGAACCAUCAACAAAAAGACCUACAGUUAAAUCAAUAACAGAUGAAAAGACCAGUACAGACAUAAUUCCCACGGUGAAUUCAACUGGGAAAGCUGAUUUUAGUAAAGAGAAAAUUAUAACUGAAGAACAAUCUAGGGAAGAUGUCACAACAGCUGAAACGAUGACUACAGAUGGUGUACAUACAACAGCAUCAGCAACGUUAGCAACAAAUAAGUCAACAAACGAAAAUAUCAAUAAUGGAGGAAUAGAUAUCUCCACUGCUUCAUCCUUAAAACUGUCAUCAACCACUUCAGAACAGACUUCUCCACCAUCAACGGCGCCAAACCCUGUACCAUCGGCUACGCGUACCACACCACUUCCAAAAUCAACACUGGGAACUACACCUUCCUCUUUACAAAUGUCUUCAACCGGAACAAGUACCAAGUAUUACCCACCACCAACUGCUGUAGCGUUACCACCUUCACAAACCACACGAUCAUUAUCAAGAACCGGGGUGCCCUCUGCAGGACUGCGUUCACCAUUAUCAGGAAGAUGCGAGAAACUUAAGUUAAUCAUGUGUAAUGGGGUGGGGUACAAAUGGAUUCAGUUUCCUAACUACUUUAAUCAAACUCACCAACACGAUGUUGACCGUUCAAUUUACCACUACUGGCCUUUGGUGGAAGUCCAAUGCUCUAAGUUCUUCACACACUUUCUUUGUUCUUUCUAUACUCCUGUCUGUACCGACUUACUACCAAGGAAUAAAGCAACAAUAAAAGGCAACAUCUUACCUUGCCGAUCACUUUGCGAGAAGGUUAAUCGAGAAUGUGGCCCUUUAAUGCAAACAUACAAGUUCACUUGGCCCGAAGCCAUGGAUUGUGAGAAACUUCCGGAAGAUGGAAAAGAAACCUGUUACUAUCCCAACUCUGAUUUGGUCGAGUUUGCCAAACCAACACCAAAGCCAGUUCAGUCAACUGAUGUGCAUUUAGGAACCAAUGGCUGCCAGGAAGUCUCUGUUGACCACGUUUGCAGGAAGCAUUACCUGACAGCUACUUUGUCAAACAUGUCCAAGUCGUUUCAAACCGUAAACACAGCAAUUAAGUACCGUAUUGCCAUGUUUAAGAAAAAUGGRAGCAGAAAAUGUCUACGAAAUCUUGAAUUGUUCAUGUGUUCAUUAUAUGCUCCAAGAUGUUCCAGCGAUUACGAGCCGUUGGGACCCUGCCGUUCACAAUGUAAAACCACUGCUAGAAGAUGCAGUUUCAUUUGGAAAGAAUUAGACACCUUACUUCCUGAAUUGAACAAUUGUAGACAAUUCCCACUUACAGGGUGUACAGCGAAUAGGCACAGAAUGGGAAAAUUAGGUACCAAACGAAAAUCUUCAAUUGAAACCCAUUGAGAAGUUCUAGACACUAUAUAAAUUAGUAAAUGGACACAGCAAAUGUAUGUAGGAAAAUAAAAUCUUAACUUUUCAUUGUGUAAGCACAUGCACACAGGUAGACCAGAAGUUCUGAGUUUAGGCAUUUUUACCGAUAUAACGACAUUUCUAAAAUGAUAUUUCUUCUUGGGUGUCUCAAUAUUGGAGCACUAAUAGUGAGUCAAAUACUUCUCGGAAACGUGCUUAAAAUACAACGCUAAGUAAGAGAUGUUAUAUUCAAACUUUACAUAUUUCUGCGUCAUGAUAUUUUUUGACAUAUUUCUCAAAAAACCCUCUCUUGAUGCAUAAUUUUGGGCUGCCUGUAUACAUACAUCGUUUGUACUGUGGAGGUUUGGUUCAAUUUGUGAGAAUUUUACAACUAGUCACUAUCAAAAAAUUUUAAGGUGAACAUAGAUUAAACAUUUUCUUUAAUGUG